GCUGGGACCAUGGGCGCCGGGGCCAGCGCUGAGGAGAAGCACUCCAGAGAGCUGGAAAAGAAACUGAAGGAGGAUGCUGAGAAGGAUGCCCGGACCGUGAAGCUGCUGCUUCUGGGUGCUGGUGAAUCCGGAAAAAGCACUAUUGUCAAACAGAUGAAAAUUAUCCACCAGGACGGGUAUUCGCUGGAAGAAUGCCUCGAGUUCAUUGCUAUCAUCUACGGCAACACUCUGCAGUCCAUCCUGGCCAUCGUGCGGGCCAUGACCACGCUCAACAUUCAAUAUGGAGAUUCAGCCCGGCAGGACGAUGCCCGCAAGCUGAUGCACAUGGCCGAUACUAUUGAGGAAGGCACAAUGCCCAAGGAGAUGUCAGACAUCAUUCAGCGCUUGUGGAAGGACUCGGGUAUCCAAGCUUGCUUUGACCGAGCCUCAGAAUACCAGCUCAAUGACUCCGCUGGCUACUACCUUUCAGACCUAGAGCGUCUGGUGACUCCAGGCUACGUGCCCACCGAGCAGGACGUGUUGCGCUCUCGUGUCAAAACCACUGGCAUUAUCGAGACUCAAUUCUCCUUCAAGGACCUCAACUUCAGAAUGUUCGACGUGGGCGGGCAGCGUUCCGAGCGCAAGAAGUGGAUCCACUGCUUUGAGGGUGUGACCUGCAUCAUUUUCAUCGCCGCGCUGAGCGCUUACGACAUGGUGCUGGUGGAGGACGACGAAGUGAACCGAAUGCACGAGAGCCUGCACCUGUUCAACAGCAUCUGCAAUCAUCGCUACUUCGCCACAACGUCCAUCGUGCUCUUCCUCAACAAGAAGGACGUUUUCUCCGAGAAGAUAAAAAAGGCACACCUCAGCAUCUGCUUCCCGGAUUACGAUGGACCCAACACUUACGAAGAUGCCGGCAACUACAUCAAAGUGCAGUUCCUGGAGCUUAACAUGCGACGCGAUGUGAAGGAGAUCUAUUCCCACAUGACGUGCGCUACCGACACACAGAACGUCAAGUUUGUCUUUGACGCCGUCACCGACAUUAUCAUCAAGGAGAACCUCAAAGACUGCGGGCUCUUCUGA